AAUAUCGGAUAUCUUCGGAUCAGUUUCAGAUAUAAUAUUACCCUUUGAGGUUCGAAUAUCCAAUUUCCUAACUCUCUCUCUGUAUCGGGUUUGAGUUCGAGUUUUUGGGAUCAGAUUUCGGUUCGAAUUUCAGGUUUGAAUAUUAUGCCAGCCCUAUCUCUAAACAUCACAAUACUACUACUACAAUCAUCUACAACUUUCAGAUAGUACUGGUCCUACUCAUCUAAUGCGAUGAACUUGGAUUAAGUACAAAGCAGAUGCUUUUAUCUUUUCUUGUAUUAUAAAUAUCACUUCCUCUUCUACAGUCACAUUUACUCUGUUUCUUUAUCACUGCAACCCGAAAAAAGAAGAAGAAGAUGAUGAUGAUGAUGAUGAUGAAUGGAGCUACAGAAGCUGAGCUUUUACUCAACUGUACCGACAUGUCGUUCUUACAGCUCCAAAGGGAUCACCUAAGAUACCACCACCAUCCCGGCUUCUUCUCCAACUCUUCGACUAUUAACGGCGGCGAGAGUGACGGCUUUCUGGCGACAACCGGUUUGAAUCUUCCGGAUAUUUACAGGGAGAAGACGACGGAGAGUGAUGCCAUACUCUCAAUGUCGCCGGAAAAUAUAACAACUUCUGCGACGUUUGUGUCUGAAAAUUUCAAGAAAAGGAAGCUUGAUGACGUCGUUACAGAGACUAAGGUUUGUGAUGAGAAGAAGAUGAUGAUGAGGAAUAAAGCCAAGAAAGAAGAAAACAAUUUCUCUAACGAUUCAUCAAAAGUGAGGAAGGGAUCGCAGAAAAGGGAUUAUAUCCAUGUUCGUGCACGUAGAGGACAAGCGACUGAUAGCCACAGCAUUGCAGAACGAGCUAGAAGAGAAAAGAUCAGUGAGAGAAUGAAGUAUCUUCAAGCUUUAGUUCCUGGAUGUGACAAGUUCACAAACAAAGCAGGGAUGCUUGAUGAGAUCAUUAACUAUGUUCUGUCUCUUCAGACACAAGUCGAGUUCUUAUCGAUGAAACUAGCAGCUCUGAGUUCAAGGUUAGAUGAAAUGGUUAAUUCCGUUUAUCCUCAUGAAAUGGUUAGUACCGGUUAUCUUCAUUUCAAUCCAAUGCAACAAGUGAUUACCAGUUCUGAUCCACCACUGCAAUGUUUCAACAAUGGUCAAGCACCUUCGAUGUGGGAACCUGAUGUGCAGAAUCUUUAUAUAGCACUCUAGGAUUUUGAUUAUAAAAAACAACCUUACCGUUAAUGAUUACAUGGCAUAUUUUGUGGGUUUAUGGUUUAGGACAAUUACAAAUAUAUAUAUCCCAUUUGAUUCAAAAUUUACAGAUAUAAAGACUUCAUUUGCAGGUUCUCUGGACAGAGACAACUUAUUUUUCAAGUGGGCAUUUUUUUAUUAGAGAAGAGUAUAUAAGAUUAUUGUGUGUAUAGAUGCAAAACAGUAAUAUAAUUUAUCAUAAGGUGCAAGCAAUCUUUUAAUGAAGCAUUCGGCUA